UGACUCGAACUGUGGGCGGUGAAAACUGAUCCAGGUAUUUCGUUCAUCCAAAAAGCCAUGAUGCAGGGGCGCCAUCAAAUGCCCCACCGGCCCGCCACAUGGUUAUUUUGAAUUGGCAGCGCAAUACCAAUUCACAUCUGUGUGCUCUCAGAUAUUUCUAUUGGGCUAACUCACCCUCUAGAAUGGAGGAGCGGGGCACAAGGCCAGGAGCAGGGAACGUCAACCAACUAUAAGCCCAAAAUAACCGUUUGCAAAUAGUGGUCGCCGGUUAUCUUUAUGGUAAAGUAGUUACUCCGUACCGUCAGCAGAAAGGGGGCCGCCUUGAUGCCUAACAGGCUCCCUCACACUCGCUGCCACAUAAAUUACUCUCCUUGUCCGAAUAAUCAAUGUGAGAGGAGUCAGCGUCAUCGCCGGCGCAAAUUUCAUGAGCCUCAUCUCCGAGAUUGAAAAUAGCAACCAGCUGGGAUGGUACAAAAGCACGGGGGAACCCCAUCCUGCUUCUGAUGAAAGCAAAAUCGAUGAGCCAGAUUCCACUCAAAGUCACAAUGGCAAACAGCCCUAAUAUUCCAAACCGUGAAGCAGUUCGACGAGCGUUAGAGUCAGCCAGAAACAGCGAAGAUGGCCAGAUAGAUCCCAGGGUGAGCGCUAUCCUUGAAACAGCUAUCGGUGAGCUUUGGCGGAAAUUACAAUCACAGCCUGAUACGUAUAUAUUGAGUCGCGACGAGUUUGCACUCUUCAACUAUUUCCGGGACCGAUUUCGCGAUUCCCCAAUAGCUCAACGUGCGGUGGAGCGGUUUUGGAACAAUUUCCGAGGGGCACCCUCUGAUAUUGACGAAUUUAUCUUGUGUGGUGGGCGCUGAUAACCCGUUAUUGGGUGUUGCCGAUGGCCUUUGGGACGUAACUACGUUCUCCAUUCCGAUCUGAACAUUCGCUUUCACCGACGUCCGUAAACGCACUUUUGGUUCAUAUGAAAGAGGGCAAUACGAGAUCCCAGCUCUCCGGCUCCAAAUAUAUCAGUUCUCCGAAUCAGUCCUUGGUAUCCCAUUCUCCUUCGUUCCCGCGUUUCUUCUUUCCUUUUGCUCUUUAAUACGAGAUGUCAGCACCGAGGCUCAAUAUCUUGAUUAUCUAUGUCCGACUUGUUAUUGGGUACAAGCUAUGGUGAGAUCUACUACGAGCCGCCUGCGAGACUCCGCACUUCAACUUAUUUUUCGUCUUUAAUACGGUACCUGAAUUUUCGAUUCACGAUUCACGAUUCACGAACUGGAUGCUCGCCUGGCGUUGAGUGUAUUGCUGCCACUGGGCCAGGACCAAAUUUUGAAAUCUAUUAUUCAUAGUACGACCCAGCCCCCCGCCAACGUCCUUGUGUUAAAUCCAACUAUGAAAGGGUUUUGAGGGAUAUAGACGGAAAUUGUUGUGCUGGUUGGGAUUUUUGAGCAUUGUCAACCAAUACAGAGGUUUACCACACUAGUAAUGAUAACUGUAUCAAAAGUACGGAGUACACAAUCCGCAACCAAAUUACUAUAAAAAUGUAAUUUCUAGUUUCAGAACAAUGGCCAGUCCAAAUCUCCUC